CAACAUUGGAAUUCAGGAUCGGAUCUUACUCUAAACGGCAUCGUUCCAGUAUGCGAAAUGCUGGGUAUUUCCUCAUUUUGAUCGUUGUACUUGUAGUUAUACUGAUACACCCACACUCCCUGUCGCCAGUUUCCAAUUCCAAAGUUGAAAGUUGAAACUUCACUCAAAAAUCAAAAUUCCACACACUGAAACCGGAAGCAGAUUGGAGAUUUGGAGCUUUGGGUAGCAUACAUUAACAUGAAAGGCCAGAGGAGAGAAACAGAGUUCGAUGAGAGAUACAGAACCGAAAGUGAAAGUGAAAGAGCAGAGAAUUGCAUAUCUUCUGCUCGACGAAAUGCCAGAGACGUUAUCAGCACUCUACCGGACUCUCUACUUUGCCAUAUCCUCUCCUUUCUCCCAACCCUAGACGCCAUUCGCACAAGCAUUUUGUCGAGCAGGUGGAGGCCCCCCUGGACUCUCCUCCCAAUUCUCUAUUUUAACCAUCGAGAUCUCCCCCAAAUCACUCAUCCUUUAGAGGAUAUAGUGUCCAGUGUCUUGACUCUUCGCAAUACCGGUCCCGAUCCCGCGCCCAUACACAAGUUGCGCAUCUUUUUGUUCAAUUGUUGUGUUUCAACCCAUCUCGAAACAUGGGUCGCCGCCUCCAUUCGGCUUUGUUUGCAAGAGCUUGAACUAAACCUACAAUCCUCUAAAACUUCGGAGCUGCCCCGUAGUAUCUUCUUUUCUACAACAUUAGCGGUUCUGAAAUUGAAUGGUGACAUUCUUCUGAAUCCUCCUCCUAGUUCUGCAUUAUUACCGAGUCUCAAUAUUAUGAAACUUGAAUAUGUUAGCUAUGCAAACCGCGACUCUCUCUCCACACUCCUCGCUGCCUGCCCGUUCCUACGAGAUUUGACCAUCAAACUGUCUUCUUCUUGUUUGCCAAACUAUAUGGACAAGUAUGCCGGCACGUACGGUGUCAAUGCCAUUAUACUUAUACCUACGCUCAAAAGAUUACAUUUUCAUUGGCCUGUUAUAUGUUGGCCGUACAAAGUCCACAUAAACACUCCAGCUCUCGAGUACUUCCAUUUCACCGGUGUUUUGAACGAGGACUUUGUGUUGGAAAAACUCCCCAAUGUGGUUGAAUCUGUCGUUGAGGUCUUGCAAUUUCUACGGGAUGUAGAUUAUGCAAAGAAAGUAUGGGACUUCAUGGGACAAUUCUGUAAUGUUAUAUCCAUGGAAUUGAUCACAACAACCGCAGAGAUCCUUUCCUAUGCUUCUAAUCGUGAUAAUAUUCCCAUGUUUCAUAAUUUGUCUUCCUUGAGUUUUUCUGUUUUGCAUUUUAUCGAGUGGCAUGCAAUACAACUCUUGCUUCAUCAGGCUCCAAAGCUACAAAUACUUGUCGUCAAACCGCUUCAAAAUUAUGUGCAUUAUGGUAUCAGAACUGAUGGUUACUUGAAGGAGCCACUCACUGUUCCUGAAUGCCUGUCGUCACACCUUACAACCUUUCAUUAUAACCAAUUUUCAGGAAAUGAGUAUGAGAUGGAAUUUGUUAGACAGCUCCUAAUGGCGGUAGGAGUGUUAAAGACCAUGAGAAUCACUGUUAAAAGUGCUCUAGAUUCAGAGGUGAAGCUUCUAGUUCACGAGAAAUUAAGCGAGUACCAAAGGAGCUCUCAGUCUUGUCAAAUUGCAUUUGACUAAGGAUAUUUCUAUUUGCAGUCUCUCUCUCUCUACUAGGGUGGUUAAUCUGCUAGGAGUUAGUUGUUAGUAACAGAAUUAGUGAGUAAGCAAUUGUAAUAGAAGCGUGUACCCAAGUAACCUAUUAUAUUAUUUAGCUCAUUCUUGUCAUAA